AUGGGAGCAGUACCCCAACGUGGCAUUUCGCUGGACAAGCUAGGAGCCAAGCUAGAGAAGAUCCUGAGUGACAAGCUACUUGAGUGGGAGUUGGAGUUUGGCGUAUUUGAGAAGGAAGGGUGUCUCAGUGAACGCUUCGCCACAAUCAUACAGCACGCAGCCAAACAGUCUGGCAAGGGUGUGGUUGUUCUCAUUGACGAAUACGACAAGACUUUGUUGGAGACCAUUGCCGCCAAACAAGACCUAGACUUCGAGGAAGCCUUCAAGGACCAUCUCUCUCUCCUGGGUUCGUUCUCUAGGAUGUUUUAA